GCCGUCCUCCUCCAUGACUCUGGACAGUCGAUGAAAAAAUCCACCGAGCGGCCAAAGGGCUGGUGAUGCACGACAGCACCGAGCACACUACGCUCUUCCCCGGCGUGAAACACCAAGACACGCUGCGGCUGCCGGACAUGGGGCGGGACCUCCUUUGUGGAAUUAACCGUGUGUGCGCCCAUGUGUCCGGUCAGUGACUUUGGAAAAAGCCGAAGAUUUGGUUUCUACUUAGUUUUUUUCAUUUAACCUGCGUUCACACACAUCUGCAGCGAUGCGGGCUGCGGACCGGAGCCGCGCCGGAGACGCGCUGGUUCUCUGCCUUCUGGGAUACCUCGCCUCCCAAGCAGCCGCCAAAACGCUACCGGAGGACUCGGCCACCGAAGAGGUGACUCUGAAGGUUCACCUGAGCGAUGCCAGCACUCACCAGCCCCUGGGAGGAGCCGCUAUCCAGCUCUUCGCCAACCACACGUCUGUAACCACGGAGACCUCAUCAGCUGAUGGCAACACCUACCUGCGCUUCCCCUACCGCCUCGGGACACCACUGGUCGUCACUGCAACUAAACAGGGAUAUGUGCCAAACUCUGUGCCCUGGACUCCCUCUAGAUUACCUGUGUUUUCCUCCAUCAGCCUGGACCUGCUCCCAGAAAGAGCUGCUACUCUGAUGGUGUAUGAAGAUGUGGUGGAGAUUGUGUCAGGCCUACAAGGUUUCAGACGUCAGCCCAACGUUCAUUUCCCCCGCAGAGCCCUGAGUCUUCCUGCCAACACUUCCUACGCCAACCUGACCGCUCUGCUCACCGUGGCCAGCACCCCUUCACACAUCCAGCACUUCCCCCACCUGCAGAUCCUCGGCGGCAACGGCACAGGAGCUGAGAACAAGUUUGAGUUGACUCCCGUGGCAGCCAUCUCUGUUCAUCUACUGGCCAGUGACGGUGUGGAGCUGCAGGUGAAUGAGCCAAUCACGGUGUCUGUGCCCUUGCCGGCUGACAGCGGCCUGAAGGAAAAUGAUCACAUCCCUGCUUGGAGAUUUGACCCGCGCUUGGGCGCCUGGAUAAAGAGCAGUUGGGGUCAUGUGCAGAAGGAAGGCAACCAGCUCAGUCUGACCUACAUUGCUCCUCAGCUAGGAUAUUGGGUUGCCGCCAUGUCGCCACUGCACUCAGAUCCGUUGGUUGCGAAGGAUAUCAGCACAUACCACACUCUGUUUCUACUGGCCAUACUGGGAGGCAUGGCUCUCAUUCUGCUUUGCCUGCUGUGCCUUCUGUUGUACUACUGCAGGCGUCGUUGUUUGAAGCCUCGAGGAUCUCGACACAAGUUCACGUUGUCCUCCAGUCUGGACAGUAGUAAGAGGGACCAAGCCACCUCCAUGUCCCACCUCAACCUCAUCAGCAAUGAGGUGCAGCUGGAGCUUGUUUCUACAGCAACUGAGCCUGACAUGACCACACCGAUGCUGAAGCCGUUCUCAUACGAGCGCCAAGACAAUCAGCGUCAGCACAGCUUAAUACAUCACAGCAAACACAGCCGCUCCUCUCUCGGCAACAGCCACCAAGGCUCAUCUCUUGGCAACCUGACGCCUCGCAGCAGAGACUACCGGCAGUCUGUGGAGACGUUCCAAUUAAAGGCCGGGACAGACCGGGGCUACCGCCAAUCAUACACCUCCGUCUGCUCGUCCAGCAACCCGAUUUCAGAGGCCUUUUCGUCAGCACAUCAUGGUCAGGUGUCAACUAACCAGCUGAGCAAUAUUGGGAUGGUUGAUUGUAUCUCCCCUUCCUCUCCUCCCCACUCCCCCAUUAGAGUGGAGGGAGUUGAGUGCAGGGCUCCUGACUACCUUCUGUCCCGGUCUGUGGACCACCUGGAGCGGCCGAGCCCGCCUUUGCUGUCCCGUCCAGGUCAGCUGCUCUGCUGUGGUUCUGUGGACCUCCUGAGUGGGGGAGAAGGAUACCCGAGGGUGCGCCCAACACUGGUGAUCCCAGCACACUACAUGCGCCUUCCUGGGGAGCACCCACUAUCCGGUCAGGCCCUCUUGUUGCAGUCUGACCAACAGAGUGAUCUGGAGAGCAUCCAGGCAGAGCUCAAUGCCUCACAUUCCCAGCAGCCCCUGGGGCAAGCCUCCACAGACUGCACGCCAGGUCCCAGCCAGCAGGGUGACCAAAGGGGGCGUGGCCUAACUGAGUCUCUGUCUAUUCCAGGAGCUCUAGGCGAAACAUCUCUUGUGGAAAUAAACAGUGAGGACACCUUGUGGGCUGAAAAGACUUUAAUGGAGCUCAGAGGAGGUAAGCCUCUUCUUCACCCACGAGCCUGGUUUGUCUCACUGGAUGGACGCUCCAAUGCUCACAUUCGCCACUCCUACAUCGACCUCCAGCGGGCGGGGUGCCCAAACAACAUGCCAGUGUCAGGAGGUCAGCAAGGCAGGAGGCAUGGCAACGGCAACGAUGCCAGUCUGGACUCGGGCGUGGACCUGAAUGAGCCGAGAGCAGGGCGCAGGGGGAGAGACGUAGUGCGGAAGGAAAGAAGGAUUGAGAAAGACAGGUCGAAGAGCACAACACCGGCCAUGACCUACACUCAGCUGGUGUAUGUGGAUGAUCUGGAUCGAGGAGGCAGCGAGGAGGAGACAUCCAGCUGCAGCCCUCAGGACAUCAAUACAGGACCUGUCCUGUCAGACAAAGCAGAGGGUCAAACAGGAGAACUGGGUCAGGGGGAUGUGGAGGGUAAAGGAGUAGAGGGGGUACGAAUACAGGAGCAACCCCCAUCACUUUCCUCUUCUUCUCCUUCUUCUCCUUCUUCUCCUCCUUCUCCUCCUCCUCCUUCUCCUCCUCCUGCUUCUCCUCCUGCUUCUCCUCCUCCUCCUCCUCUGCCAAAACCAGAGGGAGUGACUUUCCAGUCUGAACACACACUGAUGUCAGUAUCUCCAGAUGAUGAUGUACCGCAGGAAGACAGCGAGCAGGAGAAGAAGAGUCCAUGGCAGAAGAGAGAGGAGCGACCCCUGCUGUCCUUCAACCUAAAAUGAUCCACAGAUGGCCCCUUAAAGGACAGGUUCACAUGCUUUUGAGUUUUUAAAUAACCCACAUGCCCAACUAGAAAGUUGGUUGAUGGAUGAUGUAAUUGUUCAUACUUUCCAUUCCGGCUCUGAAGAAAUCCAAAGUCCUUGUUCUUUCUGAUUCUGAAAUUCAGUACUUUAUUAUUCUCAAUAGGAAACGGAUGGGUUAAAAGAUACACAUCAUUUAAAAAAACUAAUUACACAAGGCAGAAGUCUAAUAAAACUAAUUUGCUUGAACUUAAACUAGGGCAAUACUCUAUUUACAAUUCCAAACAGUGAGGAAUAUCUCAUAAAACAUUUUAUUGAAGUGAACCUGUUCUUAGACCACAACUCCCCCUCGGCCCAGACUACAACGUGAAAGACAUGACCAUUUUCAAAAUGAAACUCUUUGUCCUUUCUAAUAGCACUGAGAGAAUAUUUCAGCACUGGGAUCCCCUCUGGACCUGAAGGGGGCGUCUUGAUCCUUCAUGAACUUCCAUCUUCCCUUCAGGAAGUGACCACUGUUCACUUUUUCAUUCUUGCCACACACUACAUAGACAGUCCACUUUUCAAGCUUGAUGUACACACAACCCGAGAAGGGCAAAUAGACUUUGAUGGCAAGAAAUGAGAAUAUUUUAUGCACAACAAAAUAUGCCUUUUUCUUUUUUUUAUAAAUAGCCUUGCAAGUGUAAAUGACCUGUAGAAACAAAUGAUGGGUGGUUCUCACGAAGACUACAGGAACCUUCUUUUUUUUUUUUCUUGAGCCAUAUUGGCCUCGGUCCACCGGUAAAACCUGGGAACACACUACUGUCAUUGAAAUCAAGAUUAUAGCCCAUAUUUAGAAAUCAUUCGGACAGAUUUUUCAAAUUGUGGAGUUGCUUUUCACAGUUGGUUUGGAAAUUAACUCUUCUUGAUGUUUUCGCUAGAAUUGAAUCUAGUUAAAGAAAACUGUACGGGUGUUUACAUGAUCUCCACAGGGGGAUGACGUUUUUGGACUGCAGAAAUGAAACCACUAUCCUGCUUCUACAGCGUAAUCAGAUAAUGUGACACACCACUAUGCCGGUGGGUGAGGAUCUAAGACCACUAGGAAACUGUAGCUCUACCCAGAGUGAUUGUGAGGAGUAUUAAUAUGAAGGUUUUUUUGUAUUUAGUGAACCACUGACUGGCAUUUAUUUUUUUUUGCUCUGAUGGCUAUGCAUCACUUUUAUACGUCUGCUUGAGAUGCCUUUUUUGUCAUUUUAAUCACUAUGGUUUUAAUUGCCAACAUGAAGUAUUUUAUCCAAAAAUAGGCUUUAUUGUUUAAUCUUCAAAUAUUUUAAGGGCUUUUCUUCUUCACCUGCCUUAUUGUUGGUUACAAAAACAGACACACACACUAGUAUGUACCUUUGACCUGAAACCAAACUGUUUUUCGCUUAAUUUCACCUUAAUUUGUACCAUUUCCUGAUGUUCCAAGUGCCUUUUGAACAACCUGUUUCAACCUUAUUCAUUUCUCACCUUUUUUUGCCUUCAGCUUUCCUCCACUACCUCAGCCCUCCCUUUCUCUCCCUCUUGUGAAAGAAAGCAUGCAGUAAAACUUUCCUCCGCACUACAAGCUACACUGCAGACAUCUCAGUAAAAUGUCUACCAGCUGCUGCAACAGUAAAAAUCCUCUACAGCAAUCAACGAGGCAGCGAUUUCUCUUUUUCAGCAUAGCACAAGAUACAUAAAGCUAAGUGUGACUGGUCGUGAAGCUAAUCUGCAGGUCAUUUCGAUGCAUUUUCUUUAUUUUUGUGUUCCUGGAGGGUGUGAAUGUUUGUGUGAAUGUUUUAUGUGUGUGGUGGUAGUGUCCAUCUGGGAUGCUGCCGGCUGUGAGUUUGUGUUGUCGGAAUGCGUGUCCACGUGAGAGUGCUAACAAAUAAUGAACAGACAUCCACUCAAGAAUCAUACAGUCAUAGCAAUCAGAGUGUAUAGUUCUUUCCUUUCCACUACCCGGUCAAAAUGUUGCGUGAGUCGAUGUUGUGAAUUAACUCUUCUCUCACACGGCAACCUCCGCUCCGAGGUUGGAGUUGCAGGACAGCAAUCAUGAGUGUGUAAAUCGGUUGCUUGCAUUAUAUUUGAAACCUAUUAUUCUGAAUAAACAGCCAAACUGGAA